AUGAAGUCUGACGUCGCUUCGAAAAAUUUGCGGAGUGUCGCCGCAGACGCUGUAGAGAAUUGCAAGGCUGAUGAAUCGCCGCUCUUGUCUGUUGCCGAUGUGUCACCUCCUCCCCAAUUAAACUUCAAGCAGACUGCUUUCAUCCGUGAGAGUCAUGGGAAAUCUAUCUUUGGCCUGGCCUUCAACUCAGCCAAUCGCAGCCGGCCAACUGAUCCCCUGCUCUUUGCUACUGCUGGUGGUAAUCACGUCACAAUUUACCAAUGUAAAGACCUGGAUGGCAACGGAACGGACCACGGCGGCUCUUGCAUCACUCUGCUGCAGUCCUUCUCCGAUCCAGCCGGCGAGGAGGAAGACUUCUACACCUGCGCCUGGUCACGAGACACCAACGCCGUCUCUCCGGGCAACGGCCUGCCGCGUUGCUGGUGGCUUGAGUGCAGUGAAACCCAACAGGAACGACCAAAACCCCACCAACAUCAGCCAGUCACCGACUCGGUCACAUUUGGCCCGGAUCACUUUCUCCAGCCCUACCAACAGCUGUUAGCCGUGGCUGGGAAACGCGGCAUCAUACGCAUCCUCUGUCCCAGCCUUGCCAACUGUCCGGCCAGUCUAGUUGGUCAUGGCCAGGCAAUCAACGAACUGAAGUUCCAUCCCAAGGAUCCCUCGCUGCUCUUCUCAUUUAGCAAAGAUUACACCAUCCGUCUGUGGAACAUUGCAACCCAUGUGCCCGUAUGUAUCUUCGGGGGAGCUGAGGGCCAUCGUUCUGAAGUGCUCUAUGGUGACCUUUCCUUGACCGGAGAUCUCCUUCUGUCUGCGGGUAUGGAUCAUACAGUCAAGAUUUGGCGUCUUGACUCGCCAGAAUUGAAAAAGGCCAUAAUCAACUCAUUUACGCCUACGACCAAGUAA